CGUCGUCGUCUCCACACAUCUCAAGCCAUCUGGAAGCUCAAGUCUCACUCUUGAAUAACACACAAGAAGCAGUGCAAUGGCGACCACCACCAUGGCCCUCUCUUCCCCGGUCUUCGCCGGCAAGAAUGUCAACGUGUCAUCGUUGGCUCUCUUCGGCGAGGCCCGCGUGACCAUGCGCAAGACCGCGGCGAAGCCCAAGCCGGCCGCCUCCGGCAGCCCGUGGUACGGUCCCGACCGCGUGCUCUACCUCGGCCCGCUCUCCGGCGAGCCCCCGAGCUACCUGACUGGCGAGUUCCCCGGUGACUACGGGUGGGACACCGCCGGGCUCUCGGCCGACCCUGAGACAUUCGCCAAGAACCGCGAGUUGGAGGUGAUCCACAGCCGCUGGGCCAUGCUAGGCGCGCUCGGCUGCGUGUUCCCGGAGCUGCUCGCCCGCAACGGCGUCAAGUUCGGCGAGGCCGUGUGGUUCAAGGCUGGUUCCCAGAUCUUCAGCGAGGGUGGCCUGGACUACCUUGGCAACCCGAGCCUGAUCCACGCCCAGAGCAUCCUGGCCAUCUGGGCGUGCCAAGUCGUGCUCAUGGGCGCCGUCGAGGGCUAUCGCAUUGCCGGUGGUCCGCUCGGUGAGGUCAUCGACCCGCUCUACCCCGGUGGCAGCUUCGACCCGCUCGGCUUGGCCGACGACCCUGAGGCCUUCGCCGAGCUCAAGGUCAAGGAGCUCAAGAACGGUCGCCUCGCCAUGUUCUCCAUGUUCGGCUUCUUCGUGCAGGCCAUCGUCACCGGCAAAGGCCCGCUCGAGAACCUCGCCGACCACCUUUCUGACCCCGUCAACAACAAUGCCUGGGCCUACGCCACCAACUUCGUGCCCGGUAAGUGAGGCGCAUGCGACGACUGCGAUCCGAAGGUGUCCGGAAGUGAGCGCGCACUGGUUUCAAUUUGUACCAUGAUGUAAAAUACGAGGAUUUAUCGGAGAAAGAUUUGUUGUGUUCA